GUGCUCCGCUGCUAUCUGUCGGAGGAGUGGAGGGAUCUGCUCUUCACAUGUCUCUGCCUCAUCAUCUGUUGGGGAACAUACCGUCUAAUGAAACCGAGUGUCUGUUUUGGUGGGGGGGGAUUAACCAUCCGGUACCGGUCUGCGUGAAAUAGGGAAUGAACGAAGAGACAGCACCGGACAGCUGGAAGACAAACUCCGGGUGCUCCAGAUUUACAGUUGUGAUGCUGAGAUAUCCAUUGCCACAAUUUGAGUAUUGAGCAAAUGCUGGCUGUGAGUCCCGGAAAGACGCCCAUCAGUCUGCUGCAGGAGUAUGGAACGCAGAUAGGCAAGACCCCAGUGUAUGACCUGCUGAAGGCUGAGGGACAGGCCCACCAGCCCAACUUCACGUUCCGCGUCUCCGUCGGAGAGAUCAGCUGCACCGGCCAAGGGCCCAGCAAGAAGGCAGCCAAGCACAAAGCAGCCGAGGCUGCUCUGAAGAUGCUCAAGGCAGCUCUCGGAAAUCCCGUCGGACUGGGUGUUGGAGAAGAAGGGUUUAUUGGAGUAAAAGUGUCCACGGAUGUAGAGAGCCCUCAGGCAGAGAUGAAGACAUCAAGCACUUCUCAGCAGUCUGAGUGUAACCCUGUUGGAGCUCUGCAGGAAUUGGUGGUGCAGAAAGGAUGGCGUUUGCCAGAGUACACCGUCACCCAGGAGUCUGGUCCAGCACACCGCAAGGAGUUCACCAUGACCUGCAGAGUCGAGAGAUUUGUGGAAAUCGGAAGUGGAACCUCCAAGAAGCUCGCAAAGAGAAACGCAGCGGCUAAGAUGUUAUCGCGUAUACACGAUGUCCCGGUCGACCUGAGAACCACCAACGAAGCUGAGGUCGAAGAGGACACGUUCAACAUGCACAUGGGGAGCAAAGCUGAUACGGGCAAAAGUAAAGGCUUCGGCUGUACGUGGGACUCUCUGCGUAACUCUGCUGGAGAGAAGAUCCUCCAGCUCCGCAGCCACCCUCUGGGCAUGCCCACUGACUCCAACUUCUGCUCUCUGCUCAACGACCUGUCUCUGGAGCAGUGCUUCGACAUCAGCUACCUGGAUCUAGGUGAGUUCCCAAGCAGUGGAUCAUUAUACAUUCUUCCAAGCACCACAGUGUGAGUAAAGUGGAAGACUACAAUAAGUUUAACAC